GAAAUGUCGAAGAGUCCCGUCCUUAAGUUAGAGUAGUCCAUGCUCAGAAGCAGUCUGCGAUGGAAAUACACCAAUACAGUGAAUAGUCAAUGAUCUGACCAUAAUUCCUAAUCUCGCUUUGGACUACUUGCGAUAUUUCUAAUAAGGAAGUAUGACUGCUAAUGUUUGUGGCAAGAAGAUGAACGUAGUUGGAUCCGAUGGUUUUCAUAGGAUGAAUUUCUUGUAUCAGGCAUCUGUUGUGAUGUUAAAUGCUGUUCCAAGUUGUCCAUCAAUAAGUUCUUUUUAUGGAACUAACAUUGUUAGUAUUGGGAAAAAACUUCAACUGAAACUUGAUCCAUCUUUGAAGCGAACUAUGUGCAAAGGAUGUAAGGGCCUUCUGAUACCUGGCAAGACGGCAGAAGUUAGAAUUCAGAAACCAUUGACUUCCAAAAAGAAAAAAAAAAGGCAGAAAAAGAACAAUAAAAUCCAAGUCUGGAAAUGUCUGCUCUGUGAAUGUGUGAAAAACUACAUUUUAAAAUCUGAUUAUAUAUUGUGGUCUGAGCAUACAGUGCCAACCAUGUAACAAAAAAUGUUUUAUCUUGUGAUUAAGCAAUUUGGUGUAAAAAAAACAACAAUAUAACAAAAACGAUAAAUAUCAA